CUCCUCCUCCUCCUCCCCCUCUUCCUCCCUCCGCUCUGUCGGUCUCUCUCUUUUUUUUCCUCCUUUCCUGUCUGACACUAGUCCACCUGAAGGGGAAGCACAGAAACCGGAGAAGAAAAUCCGACGCGUCCGCCGGGGUCCAUCGGUGCGCGCAAUGCUGCGCUAAAAGCCUGCCGCUAUCCGGGGAUGUAGAGAAGGGGACCGAGGCACCGCGCCGCGCCGUGUCCGCUCUGCCCAGCCCGCUGCACCGCUGAGCGGCCUGCGAGCCUCACAAGAUGUCGACCAGAACGCCAUUGCCCACAGUGAACGAGCGUGACACCGAGAAUCACUCGUCGGUGGACGGCUUCGUUGAGCCCCCAGCUCCCCCUACAAAGUCUGCGAGUCGUCACAGCCUGCCGCGAUGUCGCAGCUCUUUCACGUCCACAGACGAGCAGCCUCAUAUCGGCAACUACCGCCUUCUUAAGACCAUUGGAAAGGGGAACUUUGCCAAAGUUAAGCUAGCAAGGCACGUCCUUACUGGAAGAGAGGUAGCGGUGAAGAUUAUAGACAAAACCCAGCUGAAUCCGACCAGUCUACAGAAGCUUUUCAGGGAAGUCAGAAUAAUGAAACUACUGAAUCAUCCUAAUAUAGUAAAACUGUUUGAGGUAAUUGAAACAGACAAGACACUUUAUCUGGUGAUGGAGUAUGCCAGUGGAGGAGAAGUAUUUGACUACCUUGUGGCUCAUGGCAGGAUGAAGGAGAAGGAGGCCAGGGCCAAGUUUAGGCAGAUUGUGUCUGCAGUGCAGUAUUGCCAUCAGAGGAGGAUAGUGCACAGGGAUCUAAAGGCGGAGAACUUAUUAUUGGAUGCAGAUAUGAACAUUAAGAUAGCUGACUUUGGCUUCAGCAAUGAGUUCACGGUUGGCAGUAAACUGGACACUUUCUGUGGCUCCCCGCCGUAUGCAGCUCCUGAACUCUUUCAGGGAAAAAAGUAUGAUGGUCCUGAAGUAGACGUGUGGAGUCUUGGUGUUAUCCUUUACACACUGGUUAGCGGAUCACUACCCUUUGAUGGACAGAACCUAAAGGAACUUAGGGAGCGGGUUUUACGGGGAAAGUACCGGAUUCCCUUCUACAUGUCCACAGACUGUGAAAACCUGCUGAAGAAACUUCUGGUGCUCAACCCCGUCAAACGAGGCAGUUUAGAGCAAAUCAUGAAAGACCACUGGAUGAAUGUGGGUCACGAUGAUGAAGAACUGAAACCCUACAUUGAGCCAGAGUCUGAUUUGAAUGAUACGUCCAGAAUAGAGCUCAUGGUGACCAUGGGUUUCCCUAAAGAAGAGAUCACUGACUCACUACAAAAUCAGAAGUACGACGACGUUAUGGCUACAUACCUGCUGCUUGGGCGAAAAGCUCCUGAGUUUGAGGGCAGUGAGCCGCUGGCCAACAGCGUACUGGGCCAGCGUCAGCGGCCAACCAGCGACAUCAACAACAGCUCCAGCGUUUCCCCUGCCCAUCCCAAGGUCACACGCAGCAUCUCGGCCAAUCAGAAGCAGCGUCGCUACAGUGAUCAUGGUGGGGAUGAUGAUGGUGGUGGUGGUAGUGGUGUCGUAGAGAAGCCAAUUGGACCUUCAGUGCCUCCUGCCGUAUCAUAUUCGAAGCGCAAUCAGGCUCUGAGUGUGGAAAGUGACCACAGAGAGGAGUGGGACGGAGCACGCCGGCUCGAGCUCAGCACCUCCAAAGGAGAUGUUCCUGCUUCUCCCCUCGGGGUGCAGGAGAGGAAGAAAGCUUCAAGUGCUGUUGGGACCAAUGGUUCAAUGACUCGCAGAAACACGUAUGUCUGCGAACGAUCCUCCACCGAUCGCUAUUCAGCCAUCCCCAACGGCAAAGACAGCAGUUUAACGGAGGUGUCAGGAAGCACCACCUCCACGCCACUGAGUUCUACGCGACCCCGUCACACCAAGUCCAUGUCUGCGUCAGGGCACCCUUCAAAAAGCACGCUGCCCCCCAUUGAUGACAAUACGGAGCUGAAAGCCAGCUCCUCCCCACGCGAUCCGUCCACCUCUCCAUCUGUGCACAGUAUUAGCACCCCUGAGAAGAAUCGUUUCCCCCGCGGCACAUCCAGCCGCAGCACUUUUCAUGGAGCUCAGCUCAGAGACCGCCGCAGUGCUACGUACAACGGCCCCCCGGCGUCACCCACACUAUCCCACGACACGGGGGCUCUCGCACAGCAACGCAGGGGGACGUCCACGGGAAUAAUCAGCAAAAUCACCUCAAAGUUUGUCCGCAGGGUGCCUAGUGAGGGCGAGGCCAGUGCCAGGACUGAAACACCAAGGAGUGCGUCUGGUGACUCCAAGGAGGACGCCGGUCGGGACUCCAAGCCCCGCUCGCUCCGUUUCACCUGGAGCAUGAAGACCACUUCCUCUAUGGAUCCCGCUGACAUGAUGCGAGAGAUCCGUAAAGUCCUGGACGCCAACAGCUGCGACUACGAGCAGCGUGAGCGCUUCCUACUGUUCUGCGUCCAUGGCGAUGCGCGCCAGGACAAUCUGGUCCAGUGGGAGAUGGAGGUGUGUAAGCUGCCCCGCCUUUCGCUUAACGGCGUGCGCUUCAAGAGGAUAUCAGGCACGUCCAUCGCCUUUAAGAACAUCGCCUGCAAAAUUGCAAAUGAGCUCAAACUGUGACGGCAGAUGGAACACCGCGCGAGCCUUUCGGGUGAGCUGUGGUAACGCUCUACUCCCAUCACUGGAUUAGUGUUGACUCACAGGAAGAAAUCAGCACUGAAUUCCCACAACCCCACCGCGCAGAAUCGAGGCGGAUUCGGCUGGUUAAAGUGCAGCACUGGCCUGCGAAUGUACUGUACAGGGUAGGGUGACUAAAUCCGAUAGCAAAAACCAACUAACUCCCUGGCUGUUGUUUUUUUUUUUUUUUUCUCUCCUCUCUUCUCCGUACCUCCUCCCCAUCAGCCUGCUGCUCCAUGUCAAAGGAAGCAGUCAUGUAUCAAAUGCAGUAUGCAACCGAAGAUGACCAUCCGGCAAUAAGUUUUCACUCUGUUUUUCUAAAUACUUCUAAAAUCUGCUCUCCUCGCUGAAUAACCAUUCAAUUACUGUAAGCUAAAGUAACCGCUUUUCCACCUAUGUUAAGGCAGUAUAUAGAUCAGGCUGGAGCUCAUACUUAAAAUAUGUAAAAAGAGAAUUGUACUGUAUGCAUAACAUCUGCAGGUACUGUACUGUAUAUUGAUUUUUAGUUCUGUACAGAAUUUUAUUGUUAAUACUCUCCUUUUUUUCCAUGGGAUUUAGUUAUUUCAUUUAAUUCAAACAAUUUGUUUCUUUGAGCAUUCCUCUUUAUGUCUGAAAUUAUUUUAUUCUUUUUGUUUUCCUUGUUUUCAGUUUUAUUUAAAGAGGACUAAAUUAUUUUGUGGAUCACAGAGGGAUGCAAUAUUCCCUUGCCUUUUUACAUUUUUUUUUUUUGCCUAUGGAGAAAAACAAAACAAACAAACAAAAAAACACUAAGUUGCACCACACAAACUUGAGUUGUAAGUUCAGUUAAGGCUGAAGACGUGAUCACUUUAUUUUCUCCCUGCAGUACGAGCCCUGCUGCAGUUGCACAAGUAUUCCAGGGUGAUCUGUAUGAACAUGAGUGUACACCUCUUGUUUCGUUCAUGUUAGUUUGAUAGUCUCCGGUUACGAAGACGCAGUUUAAACUGGUUUGCUUUAGGACGCAAUAUGUUGGACGUCUCUAUCCAAAGGAUUGGUGAUGCACGAGAAGCCGGAUGACUGAAACUUUACUGUGGAGCCUUUCUAAAGAGCCAGAUUUAUACUUGCUGCAAGUGUGAUUGUGCAGGUACUUGUGUAUCUCUUUACAUUUUUUUUUUUAAUUCAGUUGUAUUUAUUCCAUUACGUUGUAAUGUGCUGCUUUGUAGAUUUGAGGCGUGCACUUUGUCGGAGAAGAUUA